AUGAAAUCUUCCAUAACUUGUUUUCUAUACUUAUUGUUUAUUGUAGUUAAUUAUAUUUCUAAAUGUCAUUCCAUAAUCCCUAAAGCUUAUGAACAUCAUAAGACAGGAAUUUAUCAUAAUCUUAUUGAAGUGUUGACGUACAAUCAUUCAUACAAAAGCUGUUAUAUUUUAACGGAAGCAUUAAAACGUUUUGAAGAACGUCUCACAUUAAUAAAACAAUAUCCUAAAGUUCCUAUUUGUUUAUCAAAUUCUACAAUCGAUACCAUCAAAUUAUCAGUCACUAGGGGAUGUAACGA